AUGUAUAGCGCAUUGGAUCCUAACAGACAUGAGAUUCGUCUCCUCCGGCUAUUCGCUGGUGGCGAGACAGAUUCCGUCAAUUGCGAGCUAUACACAAUAUCUCUAGACUGUCCAGAUGAAUACGAAGCUCUUUCGUACGUAUGGGGUAGCUCGGAGGACCGUCGUUCAAUCACGAUUGAAAGGAAAAACAAGGAUGUCACUAAGAAUCUUAAGGAGGCCCUGCGUCACCUUCGUCAUCGCGACCGUCUAUGCACAAUCUGGGCAGAUGCUGUAUGCAUUAACCAGGAUGACGUUAAGGAAAAAACUCUAUAA